AUGUAUACAGCUGCUCGUUCGGAAACGUUAUUUCUUGGAGGUGAAAAGGUUAGUGGUGAUGAUAUUAGAAAUCAAAACGUAUUAGCCGCUCAAUCAGUUGCCAAUGUGGUGAAAUCUUCAUUGGGACCGGUUGGUUUAGAUAAAAUGUUGGUCGAUGAUAUCGGUGAUGUCACUGUUACCAAUGAUGGUGCCACCAUUUUAUCAUUAUUGGACGUUCAGCAUCCAGCAUCUAAAAUUUUAGUUGAGUUGGCUCAGCAGCAAGAUAGAGAAGUGGGUGAUGGUACUACAUCGGUUGUUAUUAUAGCCAGUGAAUUAUUGAAGAGAGCUAAUGAAUUGGUAAAGAACAAGAUCCAUCCAACUACUAUCAUUACUGGUUAUAGAUUAGCUUUGAGGGAGGCGAUUCGUUACAUCACCGAAGUUUUAUCGCAACCAGUUGAUACAUUGGGUAAAGAGACGAUGAUUAACAUAGCCAAGACUUCAAUGUCAUCGAAGAUUAUUGGUUCUGACUCAGAAUUUUUCAGUCAAAUGGUUGUUGAUGCUAUGUUGGCAGUUAAGACCACUAACUUAAAGGGAGAAGUAAAGUACCCAGUGAAGGCUGUUAACAUAUUGAAAGCACAUGGUAAAUCUUCCACAGAAUCUGUUUUGGUUAACGGGUAUGCGUUGAACUGUACUAUUGCAUCGCAAGCCAUGGUCAAGUCCGUCAAGAAUGCAAAGAUUGCUUGCUUGGACAUCAAUUUACAAAAGACAAGAAUGGCUAUGGGUGUGCAAAUUAAUAUUGAUGAUCCAGAUCAAUUAGAAGAAAUCAGAAAGAGAGAAUACGGUAUUGUUAUUGAGAGAAUCCAAAAGAUUAUUAAUGCAGGUGCCAACGUGGUCUUGACCACCAAGGGUAUUGAUGACUUAUGUUUAAAGGAAUUUGUUGAAGCUGGUGUUAUGGGUGUUAGACGUUGUAAGAAGGAAGACUUAAGAAGAAUUGCCAGAGCCACUGGUGCAACUUUAGUUAGUGACUUAUCUAAUUUAGAAGGUGAAGAAACCUUCGAAGGUUCAUACUUAGGUCAAGCUGAAGAAGUAACCCAAACAAGAAUCAGUGAUGAUGAAUGUAUAUUAGUUAAAGGUACUAAACAACAUUCAUCUUCUUCAAUCAUAUUGAGAGGUGCUAACGAUUACUCCUUAGAUGAGAUGGAAAGAUCAUUACACGACUCAUUAUCUGUUGUGAAAAGGGCCUUAGAAAGCGGUAAUGUUGUUCCAGGUGGUGGUGCUGUUGAAACAGCACUUAACAUUUAUUUGGAAAACUUUGCCACUACCGUUGGAUCAAGAGAACAAUUGGCCAUUGCCGAAUUUGCUAACGCAUUGUUAGUUAUUCCAAAGACCUUAGCUGUUAAUGCUGCCAAGGAUGCGUCAGAUUUAGUUUCAAAGUUAAGAACUUUCCAUGCUGCAUCUCAAUCUGCUUUACCAACUGACAUCAAGAGAAAGAAGUACAAGAAUUAUGGUUUAGACUUAAUUGAAGGUAAGAUUGUUAAUGAGCUUACUCAUGGUGUUUUAGAACCUACCAUGUCCAAGAUCAAGUCAUUAAAGUCUGCGUUAGAAGCUUGUAUUGCCAUCUUAAGAAUUGAUACCAUGAUUACAGUUACCCCUGAACCUCCUAAGGAAGAUCCUCAUGGUCAUUGA